UGAAAGACCAAUCGACACUUAAGAAUUUAGAUGAUUUAUUAAAGGGAGGUGAUGCAUUCUUCCAACGUUCACCUCAUACUCUAGACAAGGUAUGUUGAGCUAUCGAUAUGUCAUGGUAGAGUCAAUGAAUGUGGUCGAGGAGAACAACUAUAAGCUACCACACCAUGUAAAAAGACAUAAUGAGAAGAAAAGGAAGGCUACCUGUGACAAUAGAGGUAGAAAUGACUAAUUUAGAUGUCACACAUUGCAAGAUGUCCCAAAAAUUAAGCUGCCAGCAUGAAUCUACUGAUGAGAUGCAUGAGGAAGCUCAGGAGCAAUUCAUAAACGUUUACCCUUUUCUGAUAGUACUUCUCAUUCUUCUCAUGCUUUUGAUCUAGUUCAUAUGGAUGUGUGGGGCCCUUUUAGAGUUCAAUCUUAUUCUGGUUAUAAAUAUUUUUAACUGUUGUUGAUGAUUACACUAGAUGUACUUGGGUUUUUCUCAUGAAAACUAAAUCUGAAGUCAAAUUUCAUAUGAUGAACUUCUAUAAUCUCAUAAACACUCAGUUUCAUGCAAAAAAUAAGAUUAAUAGAACUGAUAAUGGUACUAAAUUUAUAUUUCCUUCUUUUUAUACUACUCAUGGUAUUAUUCAUCAACUUUCUUGUGUUGAAACUCCUCAACAAAAUGCUAGGGUCGAAAGGAAACAUCAACACAUUCUUCAAGUUGCUAGAUCUCUUCUUUUUCAAUCUUGUUACCUCUUAUGUUUUUGGUCUGAUUGUAUUCUUACUGUUAUUCACAUUAUUAAUAGAAUACUUACGGUCAUUCUUAACAAUAAGUCUCCUUAUGAAUUAUUAGAUAACAAACCUCCUGAUUGUUCUCAUUUAAUAGUCUUUGGAUCUCUUGUUUAUGCUUCUACCUUAACUGUUGUAGAUCUAAAUUUAUUUUUAUUGGUUAUCCUUUAGGAUCUAAAGGAUAUAAACUAUAUGAUACAAAUAAUCACAAAUUUAUCUCCAGAAAUGUUAAAUUUUAUGAAAUGAUUUUUCCUUAUAAAAAUAAUACUACUUUUAAAAACAAUCAUACUCAUUCUAGUGAUACUAUUCAUAAUGUUUUAAGUAAUAAUGAUAACUCUUAUGACUUUAACAAUCUUUCUAACUAUACACAAAACUUUUAGAAAAUCAAAUUAUUGAUGAAAUCAAUAUUAUCAAUAUGCAUGAUUCUCCUAAUAAUGAUUACAGCACUUUACACACUAACAACUCUGUUCCAGAAGAACAUUCCCCUAGGAGAUCCACAAGAGUAAGGUCUUUUCCUAUACAUCUUCAAGAUUAUACUUAUGAAUUGCCUAGUUCCAUUACUUCAGGUAUACAUACUUCUUCUUCCUCUUGUAAUUCUGUUAGAUAUCCUAUUCAGAAUUAUAUUACAUAUAAUAGAUUAAGUACUUCUCAAUCUUGUUUUACUGCUGCUCUUUCUAAAAUAACUGAACCUAAGACCUAUAAUCAAGCUGCUAAAUUCCCUGAAUGGCAGGAUGCUAUGAAAACUGAAAUCCAAGCACUUGAGAAAAAUAACACUUGGGUUCUUGUUAAUCCUCCUCCUAAUCAGAAUGUUAUUGGAUGUAAAUGGGUUUUUAAAACUAAGUUAAAACCUGAUGGUUCUUUAGAAAGAUACAAAGCUAGAUUAGUUGCUAAAGGUUAUACUCAGGAAGAAGGCGUUGACUAUUUUGAUACUUUUUCCCCUGUUGUGAAACUCACCAUUGUCAAGAUCAUUUUAGCCAUUGCUAGUGCUAAAAACUGUUUUUUACAUCAAUUAGAUGUAAAUAAUGCUUUUUUACAUGGUGAUUUAAAUGAAAAUAUUUUUAUGCAGCCUCCUCCAGGUUAUUUGGCUCCUGAUGAUAAUAGAAUUUGCAAAUGAGUCAAAAGCCUGUAUGGACUUAAACAGGCUUCUAGACAGUAAUUUUAUAUAUAUAUACAAAAGCUCUUGGAAAUCCAUUAUUCAAACAAUUUGCGGUCAAGAUGAACAUGAUGGACAUACAUGCUCCUCUUGACGGGGCGUAUCAAGACUAAUUGCUCUGGACUGUGGAUAUUAAUUUUACUUGGACUUCACAUUAGCUUUUGGGCAUAUUUGUAUUCUGCUUAUAUAUUAGACAGGCCCAUUCGUAUUUAGUAUAAAUUAGACUGAACAGUUGUAAAUUAGGUAUCCAAAACAUUUUUCUUUCUUCUUCUUCCGCUUACAUGCUCUGAAUCAUACGUUCUGUU